AGGACCUGCGACACGAUUUCAGAUAUAAGAAAUAUGGAAUUUGCCGAAAAUAAACUAUUUGGACCGCAAAUACACUUUUGGCCUAUGAUAAAAAAUUCGAUCUUGGCUGCACCCUUUGGGGAAAUAAUAAGGCGUUUAAAUCAAGCAGGAAUUUUCUCUAAUUGGAAACAUAGAGAAAUAGAAUACUUCGAAGCGUUGAAAGUGAAGAAAAAAUCCCACCAGAAUAUAAAAAUAUUUGUCCUUCAAGAUAUGUAUCCACCACUAGUACUACUUUUAAUAGGGCUUAGUGUGGCUGCAAUGAUAUUUGUUAAAGAGAAACUGUGUAAAACAGAAUUACAGUAAAACUUGAAUGAUUGGAAACUAACGAGAAAUUUAUGGAGACGUGUAAUUAGAAAAAAUAACAGAACUCAUAUAAAAAAUUAUUUUUAUUUUUUCAGUCAAUAUACAGGAUUUUGGACACAUAAAUUGAAAAGGUUUAAUUAAUAAUGUACUUAAAACUUAUAGAUGGCUAUUUUUCAUUUUACAUACAUAUAAUAUCUAUAUUUUUCUACAGAUUAAAAUUUCUUAAUUGAUAUUAGGUUAAAAACAUUCAAUGUAUAUAGUAUUAAAGUCCUCAAGUAUCUUGAAAUAUUCUUCGCUUAAAUUUUCUCCCCGCUUAUUAACUCAUAAUUGUGUAGAUAUUAUGACAAUAUGCCAAUAAAUUCCGAUUUCUUAAUUUCUUCUUCAUAUGCAGGCGUUCCCUCACUCCAACUGCAAUAAAGUUCCUAUGGCAGAUUGCUACAGAUCGCUUAAGUGUCCAUCCACAGUUACUGACUUCUUAUAAGGAACAUUAAUUUGUUUUUUAAAUUUGUCCCAAAUUCUCUACUGUAUACUUAAUCUUUUAUCGUUUUUAUAUACUGCGAGGCAUAAGUUAAGGAUAUAAAAAAUUAUGAUCAUUUUCAUAGUUGAUUUUUUCGUGAACAGAUUAACGGAUUUCGCUAAUAUUUUUUAUUAUUUUAGAUUUUUCUUUAGUAUUUAAACAAGCUUUGCAAAGGUUUACUCAAACUCCUUUUUUGUACUUAUAC